AUGACGGAGGAGCCACGGUUAUGGUCUCUGCCUUCAGGCCUCGCCGGGCUCCUGCUCCUCUUCCUUUGCAGUAGAGCGUUAAGCAAUGAAAUCCUGGGGCUGAAACUUCCCGGGGAGCCUCCGUUGACUCCCAACACCGUAUGCCUAACGCUGCCUGGUCUCAGUAAGCGUCAGUUCGGCCUGUGCCUGCGCAGCCCCGACGUGACGGCGUCUGCGCUGCAGGGCCUGCACAUCGCGGUUCACGAGUGCCAACACCAGCUCCGGGAUCAGCGCUGGAACUGUUCAUCCCUGGAGGCCAGCGGCCGGCUGCCACACCACAGCGCCAUCCUCAAGAGGGGUUUCCGAGAGACUGCCUUCUCUUUCUCCAUGCUAGCUGCUGGGGUCAUGCACUCGGUGGCCACGGCUUGCAGCCUGGGUAAGCUGGUGAGUUGUGGUUGUGGCUGGAAAGGCAGCGGAGAACAGGACCGGCUGAGGGCCAAGCUAUUACAGCUCCAGACGCUCUCCCGUGGCAAAAGCUUUCCCAACUCCCCACUUGGCCUUGGCCCCAAUUCCGGCACCAGCCCUAGUCCCCAGGAUACGUGGGAAUGGGGUGGCUGCAACCAGGACCUGGACUUCGGGGAGAAAUUCUCUCGGGACUUCCUGGAUUUGAGGGAGGCUCCACGAGACAUCCAGGCACGAAUGAGAAUCCACAACAACCGAGUGGGGAGACAGGUGCCAGAUUGCCCCUGUAUCUCCAACCCAUAG